AUGGAUUCAAGAGUAGUUCAAAGUAAAGUGGUUGAGAACAAGGAUGAACAAAACCUUGAUUCACAACAAGUGGUGACACAUGAUGCAGAAGAGCACACUGAGCCUGAGAAGAAAUCUGUUAUGAGUAGGGUGAAGGCAAGGGCUAGGAAAAUUAAGAACAGUAUCACGGGGCAUAGUCAACAAACACCUGAUCAAACUAGUGGACAUGACAGUGAAAUUCAGCAUAAUCCUGAAGAGGAUGAAGAUGAUGAUGAUGUUGGUGACUUGGAUGAGAGUAAAGAAAAUGUUCAAGAGCCACUAGGCCAUCAAGCACCAAAUUAUGGUGGUAGAGAGGGUAAAAAUGCUACAGCCACAACUGAAUCUGGGAAAGUUGAAAAUUUAAGAAAUUUGGUAUUUGAUUUGGAAGGUUCAAAAGAUGUAGGAGAAGAACCUUAUCAUGAUCCAUUAACUGAAGGUGUUUCUUCAACCACUGAAACCAAUCAAAACAUAGCCACUGACAAGGCCAAACCAUUUGCUCUUGAAGAGAAGCCAGACCAAUUCAAGGCCGAUUUCGAGGGGCCGAUAGUUUCGAAGGAAGAUUCUCAAGAACAAGGGAGUAGAACUGAUGCAUAUGAUAUUCCCAAGUAUCAAACCAGAGACACUGAUCCAAAUGUUGAAGUUUAUGACAGUGAAGAUGUUAAAAGUGCUACACCUAAAUUUGAAUCUGAGCCAGUUGAGAAUUUAGGAAAAUCAGGAAUUGAUUUUGAAGGUGAAAAAGUUAAGGGAGAAGAACCUCGUGGCGAUUCACUAUUUGAAGGUGAUUCUGCAACCACCACUGAAACCAAUCAAAACAUAGCCAAACCAUUUGCUGUGGAAGAUAAUAAGCCAGAGCAAUUCAAGGCCAAUUUGGAGAGGCCUGGAUUUUCUGAAGAUUUUGAAGAACAAGGAAGAGGAAUUGAGGCAUAUACUCUUCCCAAGCAUCAAACCAAUGACACUUAUCCAAGUGAAGAUGUUAAAAGUGCUACAUCUCCACCUGAAUACAAGCAAGUUGAAAAUUUUGGAAGUUCGGGAAUUGGUUUUGAAGGUGAAAAAGUUAAGGGAGAAGAACCUCGUGGCGAUUCACUAUUUGAAGGUGAUUCUGCAACCACCACUGAAACCAAUCAAAACAUAGCCAAACCAUUUGUUGUGGAAGAUAAUAAGCCAGAGCAAUUCAAGGCCAAUUUGGAGAGGCCUAGAUUUUCUGAAGAUUUUGAAGAACAAGGAAGAGGAAUUGAGGCAUAUACUCUUCCCAAGCAUCAAACCAGUGACACUUAUCCAAGUGAAGAUGUUAAAAGUGCUACAUCUCCACCUGAAUACAAGCAAGUUGAAGAUUUCGGAAAUUCAGAAGUUGGUUUUGAAGAUGCAAAAGUUAAGGGAGAAGAACCUCGUCGUGAUACACUAUUUGAAGGUGUUUCUGAAACAACCACUGAAACCAAUCAAAACAUAGCCAAACCAUUUUCCGUGGAAGAUAAGUCAGAUCAAUUCAAGGCCAAUUCGGAGAGCCAUGGAUUUUCGGAAGACUUUGAAAAACAAGGAAGUAGAAUUGAGGCAAAUACUCUUCCCAAGUAUCAAACCAGUGACACAUAUCCAAGUGAAGAAGGUGAAUUAAGAGACGUUAAACCACUUGAGGAAUCUCUUGGGAAAUUGAAUGUUCAUGAUGAUGAGUCAAAACCUGUUGCUGACACUGAAUACCCUCCUUCUGCUGGAAGCCAUGAUCAGUUUGUGCCACACUUCUCUGAUGCAACAAAAACUAAGAAUGAAUAUCCUCACCAUGACUUUUCGGAGGAAGAUUCUCAAGAUCAAGAAAGUAGAACUGAGGCAUAUACUAUUCCCGGUUAUCAAACAAGAGACACUGAUCCAAGUGGUGUUGGAAGUGAUGAGGUAAAAGACUUUACACCACUUGAGGAAUCUCUAGAGAGAUUGAAUGUGCAUGAUGAUGAUGAGCCAAAACCUAUCAGAGAACUAAAAAUUGAGCCAUCUGUUGCUGACACUGAAUAUCCUGCUUCUGCUGGAAGCCACGAUAUUCGUCAGCCUGCGCCGCACUUCUUUGAUGCAUCAAAAAGUCAUAAUGAGUUUUCUCAAGAAACAGUAUCCAAAGGUUAUGCAGAAUCAGUGGAGACACAACCAAAGCACAACAAAAGUUACGCAGAUGAAAAUGAAUUCGCUUCUGCAACAACAGCUGAUAAAACUCUCACUCGUGAAGACGAUGAAGCUUUUAAGCCCAGUAACGAUGGAACUAGCACUGGUAGUAAUACAAAUGAUGGAACUGAAACGGACAAAGGGGCUGCUGUGAGGGACUAUUUCAAUGAGAAGUCAAGGCCUGGUGAAGAAGAUAAGGCACUUGCUGAGGUGAUUACAGAAGCUUUACAUAAAGGGAAAGACGAGCCGUUGAAAAGUGAGGAUGGAAAAUUUGACAGUGAGGUUGAGAAGCCAGAGAAAGUGUUUGUUGAAGAAAGCAAUGUGGCUAGUCCAGGAAAAGGUGUGGUUGACAGGGUUACGGGUUAUGUUGGAUCUUGGUUUGCCAAAUCUGAAGAGAAUCCAUCACCACAGGGUGCGGGAAUUGGUACCGAAGACUUAUCGAAGAAUAAAGAUUCUGUUGCAGAAGGGAAACAUGAUGGCAAAGUUGUGGGUGAAGGAAGGAUUCAGGAGUAA